AUGGCGUCGCAGAAAAAGGUAGCAGAGAACAUGCUCUGGGGAGGCCGUUUCACACAGGGCCUUGAUCCCGUAAUGGAGCAGUACAAUGCAUCCCUACCUUACGACCGCCUCUUUUACGCCCAAGACAUCGCCGGUAGCAUUGCAUUCGCCCGCGCAAACCUCAACAACGGCAUCCUAACUUCAGACGAAUUCGCAGCCAUUGAGAAGGGCUUCGCACAGAUCAAGGAAGAGUGGGCGUCGAACAGCUUCGUGGUAAAGGACAACGAUGAGGACAUACACACAGCGAACGAGCGGAGGCUGAGCGAGAUUGUCGGCAAGGACAUCGGAGGAAAGCUGCACACGGGCCGGAGUCGCAACGAACAGGUCGCGACGGAUAUGCGAUUGUGGUUGAGGGAGGAGCUCAGGACGCUAGAAGGAUACCUUGUGCAGCUCAUCAAGACGAGCGUGGAGAGGGCAGAGGCAGAAAUCGAAGUGCUUAUGCCGGGCUACACGCAUCUCCAGAAGGCGCAACCCGUCCGCUGGUCCCACUGGGUGCUCUCCCACGCGACCGCCUUCUCCCAGGAGCUUGAACGUCUCCGCGAAGUCAUCAAGCGCGUAAACCGCUCGCCACUUGGCUGCGGUGCCCUCGCUGGUAACCCCUUCAACAUCGAUCGCCAUGCCAUGGCCAAGGAACUUGGCUUCGAAGGCCUCCUUCCAAACUCGCUGAACGCCGUGGGCGACCGUGACUUCGUCUUCGAGACUCUGCAGUGGGGCUCUAGCUUUAUGCUCAAGAUGUCACGGUGGGCCGAAGACUUGAUCAUCUAUUCAAGCUUGGAAUUUGGCUUCGUGCGACUAGCAGACGCAUACUCGACAGGCAGCUCGCUCAUGCCACAGAAGAAGAACGCCGAUUCACUCGAGCUAAUCCGAGGAAAGUCCGGUCGCGCAUUCGGACACAUGGCCGGGCUGUACGUAACUAUCAAGGGCCUGCCCACGACGUACAACAAGGACCUUCAGGAAUCCGUCGAGCCGCUUAUCGACCACAUCAAGACCGUCGGUGACUCGAUGCAGAUCGCCACGGGCGUGUUGUCUACGCUCACAAUCAAGCCGGAGAAGAUGAUGGCGGCGUUAGCGCCCGAGAUGCUGGCGACUGAGUUCGCCGACUACCUCGUCAGGAAGGGCGUGCCGUUCCGCGAGGGCCACCACAUUUCCGGGCGGGUCGUUGCGUUGGCUGAGAACGAGAACGUACCCAUGGACAAGCUGAGCUUGGAGCAGCUCAAGGGUAUUGACUCGCGGUUGGGCGACGAUGUGGUUGAGUGUCUCGACUACGAGCGUGCUGUGGAGCUGAAGAAUGCGACGGGCGGUACUAGCAAGAGCGCGGUGAGGGAGCAGAUCGAGAUGCUGAAAGAGCAGCUAUAG